CAGAUUCCAUUUGAGGGUAUAUGAUUUGCGGCAAAUAUAAAAUCGGUGGGGAGAUUUUUUUGUGGAUAGAAAUCUCUGGGGUCAGCUUCAUCUGCCAGCAAUUUAUGCUGACUUUCACCAGGAACAGUUUUGGGAAGUUUGCGAGACACGUGGCAAGUGCAAGUAUCUCCAAUGAGCGAGUUAUAAAAACUAGAGUACAGGAAUGUUCAUACCCUCCACCACAGAUUCUCUUCACAUACAACUCGUGACGAUAUUGAGUGAGCACUUGUGUUCGGCGCUCUUCUUCUCCUGCACUUGGAUUUAAUUAUGCAGACAGUAUCAUGAGGAUGGAUUGUAUGUCCACAAUGCUGGGAAAUGGAAGAUCCAUUUCUGCUAAAGCUGGCUCACAUUUAAUGCAUCAACAUCAGAAACAGGAAUGGAAAAGUAUAUAUAGAAAUUCCUUUAAUAAAUCGCUUGCAAGGGAAUCGAGUUACAGCUGGCCACUUCUUGUAUUUGCUAAAAGAUCUCUGGAGGAGCGAACUCCUAGAUUUUUGGGUAUAGAUAGUCCUAUAGUGGCAGGUAGUUCACUGCAUAUAGUUUUUGCUACAACAGUUGGUUCAGAAGAGAAAGCUUCUGAGUUAACAGAAGACUACUCUGGCGACCCUGUUAGAACUUCAUCUGGUGGAUUUUUUGGAUUACCCGUUGAUAGAACUGAGUUGGAAGCCUUGCAUGAUAAUACUAUUAGGGCGAAGCUUAUUAGGAAGCUUAGUGAAGCUAAUCAAUACAAUCGACAUCUGCAGCGUCAGAUUCAUUAUAAGGAGAAGGCUUUGAAUAAAUGUAAAAAUGAACUCGCUGUUAUGGAUUUGGAGCUCCAGGCAUUGGUGGCCCUUGCCAAAGAAGUUGCUAAAAAUGGUGCCAAAUUUGAUUCACGGAAGAUUAAUGGACGAUAUGUACAUUCACACCUUGUAGUAAGACUAGAAGAAUUGCGGGUGAAAUUACUUGAGCAGAUAAAGGAUGUUGAUGCUGUGCAGUUUCGUGAAGUUCCUCUUGUUUGGUAUGGAAUGGCUGAGGAUGUGAAAAUUAUGGGUUCUUUUGAUGGCUGGACAUAUGGGGAACAGAUGUCUCCUGAGAGUAGUGCAAGCUUUACAAAAUUUUCAACAACGUUAAAGCUUCGUCCUGGCCGGUAUGAAAUCAAGUUUCUAGUGGAUGGAGAAUGGCAAGUCUCUCCAGAAUUUCAGAGUGUUGGGGAAGGUCCAAUGACAAAUAAUCUAUUAGUGGUGGAAUGAAUUGACAAUGGAAUGAUAAAACUUGCCUCACUCUGUUUCAUUUCAGAUGGUUUAGCAAUUUUGAGAUAAAAAAGCUAAAGCUUAAACUCUUUCAACUCUUCUAUUGGCAUAUGUGAGGAAUAUUCCAGUGCAAUUUAUGGACUGUAAAUUUAGAUGGAUACCUUUCACUGCUUCCAACACAAAGUCUUAUGAAUGCAACAUAUAUAGAACAAAAGCAUGAUCUUAGUUCAUUUCUUUUAAGUUCUGGUUCCCAUCUGAGAAGUAAUAUUUCACCACGUUAUUCACCAUGUAUGUAUAUUUUGUCGACAAAUGUAUAUCAUGGCAACUUGAACUGAUC